CGAGCCCCCAGCCUUUGCGCUUCCGGCAGAGCCGCGUCGAGCCCCCCGGGCCGGCGCUGGGCUUCUCCGCGCCGCAGGGUCCCGCCGGCGGCGGCGCAUAAGGCUAGCGCUUUCCGACUUCAGCUACAGUGCUAGCUAAGUCGGGGAAGGCAACACGGAGAGAAGCCGCGCGUCCCCCCUUUUUUCCUCCCGGCGUCGCGCACCGGCGGAGCGGGCCGGCAUGGCGCGGGAAGCCGGGCCGGCGGGCGAGCAGCGGCGCUGCGGAGCCUUGGUUGGCUAUUUCACGUCUGCCAAAUUUCUGCUUUACCUUGGACAUGCGCUGUCCACUUGGGGAGAUCGUAUGUGGCAUUUUGCUGUGUCUGUGUUCCUGGUUGAACUGUAUGGAAACAGCUUGCUCCUGACUGCAGUCUAUGGACUGGUUGUGGCGGGAUCAGUUCUUCUCCUGGGAGCCAUUAUUGGAGACUGGGUGGACAAGAACUCGAGGCUCAAAGUGGCCCAGACAUCCUUGGUUGUUCAGAAUGCAUCUGUCAUCCUGUGUGGUAUUAUCCUGAUGAUUAUCUUCUUAUUUAAGACACAGCUUCUGACCUUAUACCAUGGAUGGCUUCUUACGAUGUGCUAUAUCCUGGUUAUCACGAUAGCAAAUAUUGCUAAUUUGGCCAGCACUGCCACAGCGAUCACAAUUCAGAGGGACUGGAUUGUUGUGGUUGCAGGGGAAGACAGAAGCAAACUGGCAGAUAUGAAUGCCACAAUACGAAGAAUUGAUCAGCUGACCAAUAUCUUGGCCCCGAUGGCAGUUGGUCAGAUAAUGACAUUUGGCUCCCCAAUGAUUGGCUGUGGAUUCAUUUCUGGCUGGAACCUGAUGUCGAUGUGCGUGGAAUACCUGCUGCUAUGGAAAGUUUAUCAGAAAACUCCCACUCUGGCUCUCAAGUGUUCAAAAGUUGAAGAAUCAGAACUGAAACAACUGAAUGUAAAGAAAGAGAAUGACAUGAAACCUGCUGAAGGAGUGCAGUUAAUUGCUGAGAAAGAUGUAACUGGCUUUGAGCCCCAACAGGAAAAGGAAGUCAGCUGUGCUGCCCGAAUUGCUGAACCUUUCAUCACAUUUCGUGAUGGAUGGGUUGCAUACUACAACCAGCCUGUGUUUCUUGCGGGCAUGGGUCUUGCAUUUCUGUAUAUGACUGUUCUGGGCUUUGAUUGCAUUACUACAGGCUAUGCAUACACUCAGGGUUUGAGUGGUUCUGUGCUAAGCCUCCUGAUGGGUGCCUCAGCAAUCACUGGAAUCAUGGGAACAGUGGCUUUCACCUGGCUUCGUCGCAAAUGUGGCCUGAUCCGUACAGGCCUUAUUUCUGGAAUUGCCCAGUUUUCCUGUCUGGUUUUAUGUGUCGUCUCUGUAUUCAUGCCUGGAAGUCCCCUGGAUUUGACUGUUUCCCCAUUUGCUGACAUCAGUGCCAGGCUGUUUGAAAGUGAGCCGUUACCUACUAUUGCAUCUCCAGGAGGUGAGCCUGAAGUGGCUUCUGCAACUGGAAUGCCCAGCUUGUUAAACGGGUCUACUACUCCUGCUAACACUGACCCAGAGAUGAGUCCUGAGCCCGUGCCUUUAAUCUCUGUUAGUCUCCUAUUUGCAGGAGUCAUUGCUGCUAGAGUUGGCCUUUGGUCCUUUGAUUUGACUGUCACACAGUUGCUCCAAGAAAAUGUGGCAGAAUCUGAAAGAGGCAUUAUAAACGGUGUCCAAAACUCCAUGAAUUAUCUUCUUGAUCUGCUGCACUUCAUCAUGGUCAUCUUGGCCCCCAAUCCAGAAGCUUUUGGUUUAUUGGUGCUUAUUUCUGUGUCUUUUGUUGCGAUGGGCCACAUAAUGUACUUCAGAUUUGCUCAGAAAAGCUUGGGAAAACAACUUCUUGCUUGUUGCACUCCUGAUCCCGAAGCAGUUUCUGAUAGUUCACUGCCUGGUAAUACCUCUACUGUCUGAAAGGAUCCACUUCUCAUACUAACUUCCCACAUUAGUAUCAUGGUUAAGCACACAUUGCCUUUUCUGACCGUGCCUAAGGUGUUUCUGUAGAGUUGAAUGCGUAACUUAAACAUGCAAGGAAACCUUCCCAAGAGAACUCGUUGUUCUAAAAGGAGCCUAUGCAAGUGUCUUCAUUUUUGGCCAGGGAAAACUCCAUUGCAUCUUGACGUCUGGUGUUUCAAAGGAAAGCUGGAUGUCAUAGGCACUAUUUGAUUGUGAGAUAACACUGAGUCUGUUCUUCUGCCCUGCCCCUCGUGAUACCAAUUAGCAGUUAAACAUAGGUACUUUUCCAUGAAUUCCACGCUCAUUGAGCAAAAAAGACUUUUUAGUUGCUUUCCUUAGAAAACCUUGAUGUGCCAUGUCUGUUUUCUGUUCUUCCCCUUUCCGUUAGCAUCUCCUGUUCCAUAUAUUGCCCCUCUGCCUUCUCAAAAGGCUUAAAAUGUCCUUGGUUUCCUGAACGGAUCCAUUUGUUCUGAUGCUUUCCCAGAAGAGAUGUCUAGUAAUGUAUUUCUUGUGGCUUAACUCUACAGAAACACCUGUGUAGGUUUGGUUUUUGUUUUUUUUUGCAUGUUUCCUCAAAGUUAGAGUAACUAUAGGUACAAGAUAUUGUAUUACAGUGUUGCACUUCAUAAAGUAGAACAUAACCUCAUUUUAGCAGAAGCUACUAAUAUACUGUAACAUUAUAAAGCAUGGCUUUUUUUUUUUUUUUUGCCUUCUAGUUGCGGAUGACAGAUCUGCUCAGGUUUGAUGUAGCAGAGAGUACUAAGGUCAGGAGUACUGGUACAGAAAAGCUGAAGUCUGGGCUAAUUUGGCCUUCGCCUCAGAGUACAAGCAGCUUUAGUUUAUUUCAAAAGCUAUUGUAUUCAGAAACCCUAUUCAAGUGUUAGGUAUUGGAAAAUAAUGUGUAUUCCAGGCAGAAGAGAUGGAUUGCUUGCAUUUAUCUGUUUUACAUUUAUGUGGGCUUUGACUUGUUUUGAACAAACUGGUGAGAUGUUGGAUUGUGUGGCCCUCUAAAGCAGCAUAAGAGAAACAGAGAAUGAUUCAUCCCUCUGAUUUAGAAGUUCUGGUGUUAGUUGACCCUACGUGUGUACUUACACAGUGCUUUUAGAGUCACUAGCCAGUUGUGCACUUUUGUGAAAACAAUUCUAAGCACUUUUUCAGUACAGUUGAACCUUCUAGUGUUCUGAGUUUUCCUAUGGUAGGACAGUAUGACUCUAAAUGUAAAUCUUUGGGAAAUGUUCCUUUGCCAAGUUACAAGAAAUAUGCAAAACCACGAAGGGUAUUUUUCACGUGUUGCUGACGCGUCUUCUAGGUGGCAUCACUUUUAAGGUUUUUAUUUUAGGUACCGUCCUUAACACAGUCACCUGUGUUGCCAAACCUCAACCCUGGGAUGUAAGACUGCAAACUCCGUUACCGUUCAAGGCGUUACGUCGGGCUGUAUCUGGGCCAUCUCAAAACUUGUAACAAUUGCCUAAAUGGAAUGUGAAAGAACCUCCAGUGGCUUUUGUCUCACGGUGUUCUGCAAGGGGAAUGAAAAUGAAUGAAUGGGAAUCCAAUAUAAAACCCACUUGUAGCGCUCGGAGUUCUAGAACUGUAAAGUAGUGAAUUUUCUCUUCUAAUGGACCAAAACCAAUCAUUACUGAUAUGUCACUGAAAUGUUCUCAGGGAUAUUUUCACUAGUUUAUAAUUGUUUAUAUUUUGACCAAGCUUUUGGAUUUUCUUCUAAUGUAAUAAAGGUAAAAUGUGUAAAUUAGAAGAGCUUUAAAAUUUGUGACUCAAUCCUGUAUGUAAAUUCUUGAGGUAAAAGGGAACUUUGCUGUCAGCAGAGCUUGAGUCAGGAGUAAAAUAAAACAAGCUUAUCUAGAUUUAUAGAAUACAGAUGCCCAAAGAAUUAACUUUACAGUGUGUGGUAGAAGAGUAGGGUUGAACCAGUAAGGAAUUUCCUAGUAGAAAAUGUCUGAUUUUCCAAAUUUGUUGUCCUGUUUAUAUAAUACAAAUUUGGAUCAAUUUUUUAUAUUGCUUGAAGUAAACAAAGGUAGCCUGGGUGUCUCUGUACUGUACUUGGAGGAAAAUGUAAAUGCCAGCAUAUGUAUGGACUAGCUGUCCUGCAGGGAAACAAAGGUAGAAAUGCUGUUUCUCGGGGGCUGCCCCCCAGGAGUACACAGGGAAAUUGACCUGGGGGCUUCUUACCUCUUGUCUAAGUGGUGUUUUCGUUGUUAAGAUCACUGUGGCCUUAUUUCGGUAGAACAGUGGUUUGCUUCACAAGUAGUCCCACCAGGUAUUGUCGCCUGGAUCUCAAACCAAAGAAGUAGUAUUGGGAGGGGGCUGGUCCUUCAUAUUUUGUAUACAUACUGUUCCUAGGAUUUGUAUGUGCAGGUAUAUGGCUGGAAGGCAAGACAAUCUUAAAAGACCGAAUAGAAAUAUGGAUGCUAGGUUUUGUGAGGAGUAAUGAGGUCCAAAUUGGAAAUGUAGUAUGCUUUGGACCGAAUCGGGAAUGAGAUGUUGAAGAAACGAAUGCUGCUUGGGCACAACAAUCUGUAUGUCUUAAAAAUGUACACAGACACCUGUACUGAUUAGUGCUUUGAAGCAAUGUGGAGCCUGAAGUCUUACUUAGCAAGACUUUCAUUAAGUAAGCAUUUUUGGCCUUGUAUUUAUUUAUUUUUUUAAAAUUUGUCCAAUUUGGAUGAAAACUGCCCUUAAAAUGUACACACUAAAAAUCAAUAUUUCCAAAAUAGCCUAUUUUGUUAUACAACCUUAUGCUGGACAUAGUAUUGAUUUAUGUAUUAAUCUUGUUAAAGCUAAUGAAUAAAUUUGCAUUAAAGAAUA